CGCAGCACUGGCGUAUGAGGGGAAAAUGUAUCGUCUCGGCCAACAGUCUAUCGCUCAGAUCGCCUUCGAUUUCCUAUUUUCUACUGUGCCACGGGAGCAUUUUCACUUUACUAGACAAUACAAUAAAAACUGGUCGUGUAUUGGCUGAUUUUGGAUCAAAUUUGGCUUAAAUUUGCACGAAAAUGCCAAGGACCAAGAAGAAGAAUAGCAGGGGGGGCCAGCAUGGCGCUGUGCAGCCUUUUAGUGACGAGGAUGCCUCCAUUGAGACCCUCAGUCAUUGCAGCAGCUUCAGUGAUACCACCAGUGUAGCAGAUGAAGGUGGCGAGACCAGUGAGGACACAGCCCAGGAGGAUUUUCAGUACAAGCUGAAGGGGUUCAUAGACAGCACUGUGGAUAAGAGUGCCAAGACGAGACAAGGAGCUUUGGAUGGGCUUAAGACUGCAAUGGCUACACGGAUCCUGUAUGAAUUCAUCUCAGAGAGAAGAAUGACUAUCACAGACAGCAUCGAACGUUGCCUUAAGAAAGGCAAAGGUGAGGAGCAGCGAGCAGCAGCUUCUUUAGCCUGCUUGCUGUGCAUUCAGCUGGGCUCAGGAAUUGAGAGCAAGGAGGUGUUCAAGACCCUGAAGCCAAUCUUCAAAAAUAUCCUGGCAGAUGGAACGGCCAACAUACAAGCCAGACAAGCUGUGGCGACGAGUCUGGGGCUGUGUACACUUGUUGCAGAGGAUGACAUUUUUGACGUGCAGGCUACGAUGGAAUGUUUUGAGAACCUGUUCACCCGGUCCUACGCGAGGGCGGAUGGUACCUGUCCUUCGAUCAAUCCGCAGACGAGCCAGCUCCACAUCAACGCCCUGCUGUCCUGGGCGCUGCUGCUCACAAUCUGCUCGGCCAAUCAGCUCAAAGAUAUCCUGCAUAAACACCUGUCCAAAUUGCAGAGGUUGCUGGAGAGUGAUGAUGUCAACAUGAGGAUUGGUGCUGGGGAGACCAUUGCUCUGCUCUUUGAGCUGGCCAGGGACAUUGACCCAGAGUUUGACUUUGAUGGCUGGGACGAACUGUGUGAGAAACUGAGCGCGUUAGCCACAGACUGCAACAAACACAGAGCCAAGACCGAUAAGAGGAAGCAGCGGUCUGUGUUCAGGGACGUACUCAAGGCCGUCGAGGAGGGAGAUUUCCAAACGGAGACGAUUCGCUUUGGAACAGAACGCGUGACCAUUGAUAGCUGGGUCAGGAAGAGGACCUAUGAUGCUUUCAGGGAGUUUGUGGGAUCUGGAAUGAACUACCACCUACAGGCAAAUGAAUUCAUCAGAGACGUGUUUGAGCUGGGACCACCCAUUUUGGUUGAUUCGGCUACAAUGAAGGCCAUGAAAAUUUCUCGCUUUGAAAGGCAUCUCCAUAACUCUGCGGCUUUCAAGGCUCGGACCAAGGCCAGAAGCAAGUUCAGAGACAAGAGGGUGGACGUGGGCGAGUUUUAAUACACUUCUGUUGACAUUCAUAGGUUAUUUAUUAGGUUUCCUUUCUUUUAGAUGAGCUGCCACUACUUUGUGUUGAGGUAAUCAUUUAUCUCCACUGUCUGUAUUAAAUCUUCACCUUCUGCAAAUGUAGAACAUCGUUUUAUUCCAGCAGCUGUGCUUUUUGAAAUGCGGCUACGUAUAAACGGGAUGUUUUUGGUCUCGGUCCAACAGGAAGUGUUUUCCGCAUUACGGGGUAACUAAUGCUGUGCGUCAAUAUGUUGGUGUUGUACAUAUUUCUGAAUUUUUCUCAUUGUGAUAUAUAUUCAUUGCUUUUUUUUUUUCUCCUUAAACAUUUUAAAUAAUUUAUAAUUUUGUGAUAUUUGUGUUUAAAUCUAAAAUUGUGUCUAACCCUCCAGACUUGAGUUGCACUACUUGGGUAGGUUGGUGUAUUUUUGAAGAAUCUUGAUGAUAUUGACUUUAGUUGUGGUUCCAUAUUAUUGGA